AUGACCUCAGAAGUAUCAUCAAAUUACGUUUUUAGUGAGACAGAUCUCCAAGAAGAAGCACAUCGUCUCCAAGAAGAAGCUCACGAGCAGCAAUGGCGACUUACAUUAUUUAAGACAUAA